AUGGCUGGGGUCGCAGACAAGGCGAGAUUCUAUCUCGAACGCUCCGUCCCGCAACUGCGAGAGUGGGAGGAGAAAUCGAUAUUUUCAAAGGAUGAGAUUCGCUCAAUCGUCCAGAAACGAAACGAUUUCGAACACAGAGUGCUUUCCCCGGGCAACACGCCUUCCGAAUGGUCGUCCUACGCCCAGUGGGAGCAGUCAGUCGAGUCUCUCCGCUCCAAGCGCUGCCAGAGGCUGAAGCUCCGCAACCUCAAUUCUGCCCACGCCGGUCAGACUCGCGUCCUGUCCAUCUACGAUAGAAGCGUCUCCAAACACCCCGCAUGCGGUGCGUUGUGGCGCGAAUACCUCGCGUACAUGGCAAAGGUCAAGGCGGCGAAGCGUUGGCGGAAAACCAUGACCAGGGCCCUUCGAAUGAUGCCCAAGGAUCCCGAGAUGUGGGUGGUGGCGGCCAAUCGAUUCGCGAGCGACGGUGACAUGGCGGCCGCGAGAAACUGCUUCAUGAGAGGCUGUCGGUUCUGCUCUUCAGACUGCACGCUGUGGCUCGAGUACGCAAGAUGCGAGAUGAGGUGGUUGGAGAGGAUGGAGAAAAAGAAGGGCAAGGGUGAAAAGGUAGUGCCGCCUCGUCCGGCAAAUGAAGACGACGACCUUCUUCUGCUAGGUGAUAGCGACGACGAGGAUGAGGAUAACGACCUGUCUCUUCCAGAACCGUCGAAAGCACAGGGCACCGUCAUCGAUAAGGACACGACGCAAGAGCUUCGGUCAAACCCUGCCAUGGACGGCGCCAUUCCAAUGGCCAUAUUCGAUAUAUCGCGGAGGCAGCCGUUUUUCAAAGCCGAGGUUGCAGAGCAGUUCUACUUCAUGUUCGCCUCCUUUAGCAAGCUCUCGGUCCAGCCAAGGAUAUCUCAGCACGCGCUGGAUGCUCUCGACGAGCAAUUCCCCAACGAUCCAUCUACCUGCAACUGCCACAUCCGACAGCCACUUUUGGGCGUUUCGCCAUACACGGCUGAGUUUCCUCGAAGCCUGGGUGUGGUCCUGCAGCGGCUAGGAUCGUACUUGGAGACCACCACAAACAAGGCUGUGUUGGAGAAGAAGACGAUUGCCUGGAUAGACGCAUAUCUGCAGUUGGAAGACUUAGACCAGGCGCUUAGAACGGUACUGGAGCACACCAAGGAGAAAUUGGGUGGGGAGGCGGCGGCGGCGGCUUAG